AUGCAGGCAGGUCCAGAUGGGGAGAUCACAGCUGAGGAGCAGGUACAGAUGCUGCUGGAUGCCAAACUGCAGUGCCUCCUCGCUGUGUCUACACAUGACCUUACAGUAGACGUGUGUCCUUCUGAAUGGGACGGGCUGAUCUGCUGGCCAAAAGGCUCCCCUGGAAGUCUGACUAAAGUCUCGUGUCCCGGAUAUAUCUACGAUUUUUACCAUGCAGGCUAUGCCUACAGAAAAUGUGAUUCCAAUAGUUCCUGGGUUCUUGGAGAGGGCUUGAACAAAACGUGGGCCAACUACACAGAAUGCAUCAAAUCUCCUGGCCCCAACAGAGAACGACAAGUCUUUUUCGAGAGGCUUCACGUCAUGUACACUGUGGGUUAUGCAGUAUCCUUUGGCUCUCUGCUGGUGGCCAUACUCAUCAUUGGAUAUUUCAGACGUCUGCACUGCACGCGGAAUUACAUCCACAUGCAUCUUUUCGUGUCCUUCAUGCUGCGAGCUGUGAUUAUCUUCGUUAAGGAUCGGGUGGUGCACGCUACUCCGGGUCUUCAGGGGUUUGACGCUGUGCUUACCAACAACUUCACAAAUGCAGUGGAUGUGGCUCCAGUGGACACCUCUCAGUAUAUAGGUUGCAAGGUGACAGUGUUUCUAUUCAUCUAUUUUCUGGCAACAAACUACUUCUGGAUUCUGGUGGAGGGCUUGUACCUGCACAGCCUCAUCUUCAUGGCCUUUCUGUCGGACACUAAGUACCUGUGGGGAUUCACUCUGAUUGGAUGGGGAGUACCUGUGCUCUUUGUGUCGGCAUGGGCAAUCGUAAGAGCGACCAUGGCAGAUUCCAGAUGCUGGGAGCUAAGUGCAGGCAACAUCAAAUGGAUCUAUCAAGUUCCUAUUCUGACAGCCAUUGGGCUAAACUUUAUCCUGUUUGUGAAUAUUGUACGGGUGCUGGCAACCAAAAUCCGAGAGACCAACGCAGGUAGAUACGACACAAGAAAACAGUACAGGAAGUUGGCAAAGUCCACACUGGUGUUGGUGUUGGUUUUUGGUGUACACUACAUUGUGUUUGUGGGAAUGCCUUACACCUUCGAGGGACUUGGCUGGGAAGUGCGCAUGUACUGCGAGCUCUUCUUCAACUCCUUUCAGGGUUUCUUUGUGUCCAUAAUCUACUGUUUCUGCAAUGGAGAGGUACAGACAGAAAUCAAGAAGACCUGGACUCGCUGGAAUCUAGCUUUUGAGUGGAAGGGACCAGUGGUGUGUGGGAGUUACCGUUAUGGCUCUGUACCGAUGGGCCUCAACAACAGCACCAGUAGCCAGUCGCAACUGGCCACAGGAGCACACGCCACCCGCUCCACUACGCUCUUCUCCAGUCGCGUGUACCGCAGCACUGCAGCACCCUCCAUCUCAGCCCACAUGGAUCUGCCAGGUUAUGUACUUAACAAUUCUGACGCUGACAGCCUUCCACCCUCCAUCCCUGAGGAGUCAGUGGACAGUGCCAAGCAGGUGGAUGACAUUCUGCUGAAAGAGUCGCUUCCUGCUUUGGCCAGCAGUGGUCCUGAGGACGAUGAGGAGACAUUGUAGAUGAAUAUAUCUGAGUGAGAAAACAUCUUCCAGAUCAUAAUACUUGAUGUUGUAAUGAGUUGGAUGACUGCACACAUUAUGAUGAUAAUAUGAAAGAUCAAGCAGCUUUGCUAUUGUUUGAUUACAGUGCAUGGGAAGUAUGGUUUACUAUGAAACAAGCUCAGACCUCUGUGAACUGUGAACCUUUUCAAAUAGUCCUUUUUGACACUGGAAGUUUUCUGAUGAGUUUGUUUAUUUUGUUUUUAAUUUUAAUACCCAUCCUUAAAAAAAUUUAAAAUUAAAGAGUUACCUGGAAUGUGUUUUAC